AUGCAGUGCGACCAGAAAGCAGGAUGGACACGAUUCGAACGGAGGGCAUGCCUGCAGUGCAGGCAGCGAGCAAACCCUGGAGCUGUCCACCUGUUCCCCCAGCGAAUCAACAUAUCCCUCGACCCUGUGCAACUCAACAGAGCAGCAGGAGCUCCAACUCCUUUCCCUGCCCCUGCUGCACUCGGCGCGUUGAAUCCCGAGCAGCUUGCAGCGUACAACAACAUCCUUGAAGGUUUCAACACCUCCAACCUGCAAAACAACAGCACCAACAACAACAGCAGCAGCAACAACAACAACAACAGCAGCAGCAGUGUCCCAGUGCAGCAUCGUGGCGCCAACGUGAUCGAGGCUCUGCGAUCGGCCGGCCUUUCACAGAAUGAGAUCAACGAGGUCUAUCCCAAGCUGGUGGCUGCCGGGGUUCAGACGACAGCAGACUUCAAGUUCAUCCGCGACCUGAGCGAGCUAGGGGACCUGAGCUUGUCGAUAGUGAGCAAGAGGAAGCUUGCUGACUGCCUGUGA